CUCUGUCGCUCUCUCUCUCUCUCUCUCUAUAUAUAUAUAUAUAUGUAUGUAUGAAUUAUUUGGUAUGCCUCAAUCUUGCUUGACAUCGGCACACGGUGUUGUCCAUCGCGGUUAGUUUCCAAGAUCGCUGCUUUCGUUGAGCCAGCCUGAGUCGUUCAGCUCAAUGAAGAGAUAAUUUGAUGAACAAUUGCUUUUUUUCACCUUCUCUUUCCUAUUCUUGUGCCAUAUCCGGCUCUGAAAGGGUUUUUUGCUUUCCACUGGACGAAGAAGACGCGGCCGAUAUUUCUUAAAGGAAGUAGGAUUGGAGGACGAGCACGUGCCACGUACGUCAGCUGGAAUAAGAAGGGGACCUAGUGGGGGUUGGAGAAGAUAAUGGCAAUAAAGUAAUCGAGCUGCGAAGCCAAAUCAAAAGUCUAUGUUUUUUGUGGAGAACGUUUAUUCGUUUACUAUUAUUUAUAUUUGGCCCUCGUGAGGAAGAAAAUUUUGGGGAGUUUCGUGAGGCCAAGGUGCUUCCUUUACUGGGAAAACCCAUUCCUUUUCUGCUGUGUGCCUAUCUUUGCUGCUGGUUUGCCGUAGCAGAAACAGAAGAGACUCCUCGCAUGGUGGUGGUACGGGUGCUUCUUUCCAAUCAUACAUCGGGAGUUUUUUGUCUAUGAAGUGAGCUUCUGGGCAUGAUAUUCCGGGGGUUUUUCAUGCUGUUCGUCAUUGCUAUAUGACUAUUCAUUCAAAAUGACGAUGGUGGAGGAAUGUGUUAGAACUCCUCAAAGAGAUCAUCCUUUCGUACAUUUCGUAUAUCCCAUUUGUUUGUCUAUGAAGUGAGCUUCUGGACAUGAUAUUUUGGGGGGUUUUCAUGCUGUUUGUCAUUGCUAUAUGACUGAUCAUUCAAAAUGACGGUGGAGGAAUGUGUUAGAACUCCUCGAAGAGAUCAUCCUUUCGUACAUUUCGUAUAUCCCAUCCCGCAUGCGGCCAUAGGUGGAUGACAAAUGGAGGGUUCAUCUGAAUCUGGUGGGCAGAAGUCUGGAGUUUGUGAGGAUGAGGUACCAGCCGACACAGCCGUUCAUGCCAUAGAAUGGAGUGAUGUUAGCUUGAGACAGUGGUUGGAUAACCCAGAACGAGCGGUGGAUGCCAUUGAAUGCUUGCACAUAUUUACGCAAAUAGUAAAUAUAGUUAACCUGGCACAUUCACAAGGCAUUGUUGUUCACAAUGUGCGGCCUUCCUGUUUUGUCAUGUCCUCUUUCAACCAUGUUUCAUUUAUUGAAUCCGCAUCCUGUUCAGAUUCAGGUUCAGAAUCCUUGGAGGAUGGGCUGAAUAGCCAAACAGCAGAGUUUAAGGAAUUAUCUUCACAAGUACAAGACCAUUCACGUCAAUUGACUAGUCAGUUUGGAACAGAAAAUUCUCAACCUGAGACAAAUCAAACCAAUUCAUCAUAUGUAAUAUCUGAAACUAGUUGCUUACAGUCGAGUUUUGUGUACCCCAAGCAAUAUUCCUUGGAAGCAUGCAGUAAUGUUGAACAACCAGAAGAAAAGAAGCACCUUUUUCCCAUGAAACAGAUAUUGCUUAUGGAGACAAAUUGGUACUCUAGUCCAGAAGAGGUUGCUGGUGAUCCAAGUUCUUGUGCUUCUGAUAUUUAUCGAUUAGGAGUCCUUCUUUUUGAGCUAUUCUGCACGUUUAGUUCGGGAGAAGAAAAGAGUUCAGCCAUGUCCAGUCUGAGGCAUCGCGUUCUUCCUCCACAGUUGCUGUUGAAGUGGCCAAAAGAAGCUUCAUUUUGCUUAUGGUUACUGCAUCCUGAUCCAAGUAGUCGACCAAAAAUGAGUGAUUUGCUACAAAGUGAGUUUCUGAAUGAACCAAGAGAAAAUAUAGAGGAACGUGAAGCAGCAAUAGAGAUUCGGGAGAAAAUAGAGGAGCAGGAGUUGUUGCUGGAAUUCCUCUUGCUGAUACAACAAAGAAAACUGGAAGCUGCAAACAAUUUGCAGGAUAUAAUUUCCUUUUUAUCUUCUGAUAUAGAAGAAGUGACACAUCAGCAAUCAAUUAUUUGGAGAAGAGGAGCCUUGUGUCCAGAACCGAGCAAGGAUGCUGAAUCUGGUCUCCUUAUGAUGGGAGUUGUUGAAAAUAAUGACUAUAGUUGCUCAAAAUCUAGGAAAAGAUUCAGACCAGGGCUUAGAAGUCAUGAUCCAGGGGAAUCUGGCAAUCUUCUUCAUGAAGAUCAUAAUGUUGAGGGACCAGCUGAAAAUGAAGGAAGUAUUCUGUCGAAAGGGUCUCGAUUGUCAAAGAACUUUAAAAGACUGGAAUCAGCUUACUUUUCCGCAAGACAUGGGCAUAUUAAGCCAACAGGGAAAUCAUUAACUCGACGAUCCCCAUUAAGCAGUGAUGGUGGAGGGUCUAUCAUUGUAACUGAAAGAAGUUCAGUCAAUAAUUUACCUGUGAGAGGUCAGUAUAAUGAAGCUAGACAAAGUGGAUGGAUAAAUUCAUUCCUUGAGGGGUUGUGCAAGUAUUUGUCUUUCAGUAAAUUAAAAGUCAAGGCAGACUUGAAACAAGGGGAUCUUCUAAAAUCUCCCAACCUUAUAUGUUCUUUGAGCUUUGAUCGCGAUGGAGAAUUUUUUGCAACGGCUGGUGUGAAUAAGAAGAUCAAAGUAUUUGAAUACGACCCAAUUGUAAAUGAACAUCGUGAUAUCCAUUAUCCUGUAGUUGAAUUGGCUAGUAGGUCAAAGCUAAGCUGUAUAUGUUGGAAUAGUUAUAUCAAAAGCCAGAUUGCUUCUAGUAACUUUGAAGGCGUGGUGCAGGUAUGGGAUGUAACAAGAGGUCAAGUUUUUACUGAAAUGAGAGAGCAUGAAAAGCGUGUGUGGUCUGUCGACUUCUCUUUAGCAGAUCCAACAAUGUUGGCCAGCGGAAGUGAUGAUGGUUCUGUUAAGCUCUGGAAUAUCAAUCAGGGAGUAAGCGUUGGCACCAUCAGAACAAAGGCCAAUGUCUGCUGUGUUCAAUUUCCUGUAGAUUCUGGUCAUUCCCUUGCAUUUGGUUCAGCAGAUCAUAGGGUUUAUUACUAUGAUCUGCGUAAUUCAAGAAUGCCAUUAUGCACAUUGAUUGGACACAAUAAAACUGUGAGCUACGUGAAGUUCAUAGAUUCAACAAAUCUUGUUUCUGCAUCCACAGAUAACACACUGAAGCUUUGGGAUUUGUCAAUGUGCACUUCUCAGGUUCUUGACAGUCCUCUUCAGUCAUUCACAGGCCAUAGGAAUGUGAAGAACUUUGUAGGUUUAUCUGUGUCUGAGGGAUACAUUGCUACUGGCUCAGAAACAAAUGAGGUUUUCAUCUACCACAAAGCUUUCCCAAUGCCCGCAUUGUCAUUCAAGUUCAGUAGUGUGGACCCAGUUUCUGGUGAUGAACUGGAUGAUCCUGCACAGUUCAUCUCAUCGGUAUGUUUUCGUGGUCAGUCGUCCACCUUAGUUGCUGUGAAUUCAACGGGAAAUAUCAAACUUUUGGAGAUGGUUUAAUUUGGUUGAGAUCUUCCAGAGGCAUUCAGAGAUUAAUUAGAGACAAAACCAAAAGAAAAUAGUGUUAUAUAUUUGGGGAAAAAUAUAACUUCAGCACACUGUUGCAAACCGGGGCUUCUUUUUUCUCCAGGUUUCUAAUGUCCAAGAGAGCGAGCUGUAUACAUGGAAAUGGAAGGUCAUAGUAGCAGAACAAAUUUUGGCAUUAGAACAUAGCGGCAGUGGAUAAUGUGAAGAGUGAGAAUGAACCUUGAUCAACUGUAUGUAGAUAAAAAUUUAGAUGGAAAAGGGGUGAAAAUAGUUACACAGUAUAUCCUGUAUUGAAAUUGUUCAGAAUCAUUUCAAAUGGUAAAUGUUGCCUUUCAUUUA